CGUCUUUCGUCGUGGCUGUCGUGGGCUCUACGAGGCUCGCGCAAGAUGUGUAUUGUAGGUGAAAUGAACAAACUGCAGAUAACUUUGGCAGUGAUAAAACCACAUGUCGUUAAGAAUUUAUUUGCAUUAGAGAGUAUACAGAAGAGAAUAGAAUGUGAAUUCGAAGUAGUAGGUAUUCGUGAGGUUGUUAUUUCGAGGGAAAUGGCCGAGCGGUUCUAUGCAGAGCAUCGUAGUAAGUUUUUUUACAACCGCCUCUUAUCCUUUAUAACCAGCGGACCUUCAGUCGCGUUGAUUCUAGCAGCUGAGAACGCUGUGUCGAAGUGGCGACAAAUAAUGGGACCAACUAAAGUAUACAAAACGAUUUAUAGUGAGCCGGAUACAAUUCGUGGCCAGUUUGGCCUAUCAGAUACAAGAAAUGCAUGUCAUGGGUCAGAUGCAAUGGAAUCAGCGUUAAACGAAAUAAACGUCUUUUUCCCGGACUUUGAUUUUGAGGAAUGGCGGAAAAAUCACCCAACGUUGUAAUCCUUUGAUGGACUACCCAUGUAGUUCGAUGGAGCUCCAAAACGUUUGGUAGCCGACAGGAAUAUGCUACUAUAGUACGAUUUCUUUUUUGAAGAACAAUUUCUAUCAUUUGGACUUCGUUUUAGGCCGACUUUAUGUAGGGUAUUUGGAAGGAUUUUCAACUAAAUAGAACAGAAAUUCAUGCAGUA